CUUGCCAUUUGGGACAACGCUCGACAACUUGCUGAAGGAGGACAUAGGAAAGAGGAAAUUUACAGAGUUUAAGAUUGCACAGUGAAAUGGCACUUCUCCUGAGCCUUCUCUGCAUCUUGUGCCUGGUCGGGCCAAUUAUCGGCCAGGACAUGCCUUAUGAGGAAUAUAUGGCCCAGAUCCAAGCCUGCCCCAAAGAGUGUCGCUGUCCCCCCAACUUCCCUCGUGCUGUCUACUGUGAUAAUAAAGACCUGAAGAGCAUCCCUAAAAUCCCUCCACACACAUGGUAUCUCUACUUGCAGAACAAUUUAAUAGAAGUGCUGUCAGCUGAUGCCUUUCGUAAUGCCACACAGCUGCGCUGGCUCAACCUAAACCGCAACAAAAUCACUAGUGAAGGAGUGGAAGAGGGUGUCCUGGGUACAAUGUCUCACCUGGUGCACCUGUACAUGGAUGACAACCUCUUGUCUUCUGUGCCAUCUUCUCUGCCAGCCAGCCUUGAGCAUCUACGUCUCUCUCGCAAUCGCAUCUCCACAAUCCCUACUGGCGUCUUCAUUGGUCUUGAAAAGCUUAGCCUCCUGGACCUCCAGGGGAACAAGUUGAUGGAUGAUGCCGUGACUGAGGUGAGCCUGAAGGGUCUAAACAACCUGGUACAGAUCAACCUAGCCAAGAACCAGCUGGCAAGCAUGCCUCUUGGCCUACCACCCACCACCACUCAGCUUUUCCUCGAUGGCAACAGCAUUGAGAAGAUCCCAGCCAGCUACUUCAAAGGUUUGCCCAAAGUGGCAUUUCUGAGGCUCAACCACAACAAACUUGGGAGCAGUGGAAUUCCCAAAAAUGUGUUUAAUGUCUCCAGCAUUUUGGACUUGCAGCUGUCCCACAACCAGCUGACUGAGGUGCCCCUCAUUCCCUCCGGCCUUGAACACCUUCACCUCGACCACAACAAGAUCAAAAGUGUAAGUGGCUCCAAUGUGUGCCCUGUCUCCGUCGACGCUAUUGACGACUCCAUCAAUGAAAGUGUUCCUCGAUUGCGCUACCUCCGACUGGAUGGCAACGAAAUUAAGCCACCGAUUCCCAGGGAUGUCAUCCUCUGCUUCCGUCUCCUUAGGUCCAUUGUCAUCUAAGAAAAGGAAAAUCAUCAUGGUGUUGGCAAAUUAUACAAUCUAUGACUUGGCGAUGCUGGUUUCAUGAGACUUGUGAAACCAUAUGUCAAAAAUGGAAACAUGAGUAAUAUUUGCAUGCUUGUGAAAUAUUUGACACUAGUUGGCAUCAACUUAUUUUAUUGAGGAGAAGUUAUUUUUUCAGUUCCAGAAAACUGUAAUUUUUUAGUAGAAUUUGAAUAAAAUCAGAAAGAAACAGCCAAUAGGUCAAUAAGGAACUGAUUGGUUAGGUGCGUUAAUUGAUGGUGCAAUCUGUUGACCACUAGUUGUGCCUUAUGUUGGUGUAAACAUCUGCAUGUAGAAUUCUGAACCAAAACCUAUUACAGCGUAGCAUGACAGUGAUUAAGGGGGAUAAUAUGUAUUUAUGGCAUGUGGACAUCUUUGAGGACUCGUUGUCAUUAUCCUUUCUUGAGCAGGAAGUAGACCUUAUGAAUGCAUAGGGAAAUAUCACUUUAGUUUUGUUUUGUUUUGUUUUUUUCUAUUGUUUCAGGAAAACCUUUGACUGCUUUAUAUUUGUAGACUUGAAACCAAAUGAAUGGUCUUGUGUUCUUGUUAACUUUAGAAAAUUACUCUAUUCUACAAUUAUGCAUAUAUACUGUAGGUAAUUUAUUUUUAUUUAAUAUUGUUUGAGAAAAAAAAGAACAAAAAAGUAUAAACCUGAGAGUCCUGUGAAUAUUCAUGGCCAAUAUUCCUUAAUGUUUUGUAUGCAAAAGAAAUGUGAUAACUGUUUUUAAAAAGAAAUGCCAACACAGUUUUUAAUUAU